AGCAGAGGCUGUGACCCACUGAGAAGGUGAGGCUCACUCCGCUCCUUGCAUCAUGAAGGUUUCUGCAGCACUCCUGGGCCUGCUGCUCUGGACAGUCGCCUUCAGCCCCCGGGGCCUCGCUCAGCCAGCGGCUAUCCCAACCACCUGCUGCUUUGCUGUGGCCAGCAAGAAGAUCCCCAUUCAGAAACUGGAGAGCUAUAAGAGGGUCACCGGCAGCAAGUGCCCCAAGAAAGCUGUGAUCUUCAAGACCAAACUGGCCAAGGAGAUCUGUGCUGAUCCCAAGGAGAAGUGGGUCCAGAAUUUCAUGAAGUACCUGGAUCAAAAGUCCCCAUCUCCAAAGCCAUAAAUACUCACCUUUUUGAAACCUACCUAGAGCCUGAGAAAUGCUGCAAUUGUUUUGCCUUUCUAAGAUGUGUUCUGAGAUAAUUUCAUUAUCAUUCCAAAAGGAAUGAGUUUUAUUUAAUAAUCUUUGAAAUAUGUAUUGCAUUUAAGUUAUUAGAGUUUUAAAAACUUAGCAUUCAUUUUUAAAAUGUAAAGCUUUGAACAAGUGCCUUGCCUGCUGUGAGCCUCCAUUCAAUCUCCUGCCAAGUGUGGGUAGCGUGGUGUCUCCCCUGUCUACCUUCCUGGAAUUUUGUAAGGGUCCUGGCAAAAAUCAUCUGUGUAGAAAUAGUUUGUAUUUUUAGGAAAACACUGCUCUUGUAAACCUAAAGUGCGGCUCAUCAUGUUAAAUGGGAAUAAAUGUUG